AUGGAAGACCUCCUUCCGUUUGACUCCAACAAUCCUUUUUUAGGGACACCAAAUCCUAUCACUGCUAAUAUCAAUACUGCGAACAAUUCAGGAAUUAUUGCAGAUAUAGGUACACCUGCUUAUUCUGAAACCUCCGGCACUACUACUACUACCCGUGAGAACACAUUAAUCGAUCUUGGAGAAAAUCACGAAUCUCGAGCGUCUACAUUUACAGCGCCGUUGAUUCAAAUUAUAAAUAAAUACGAGGAUCAGACCAUUAAGUUAUUUACCGCACUUCAAGCAACAGCAGAUGGAAAACCACCCGAAGCUCCGGUCACCAAAAUAAUGAAAGAAAUUAUAGAGUUGGAUAGAAGACUACAAGAGGGAAUUGAACAAAUUCAGGAGCAUCAAUACUACCAUCAAAAAAUAUUAAACUUGCAGAAUGAAAUUGAUGACGAAAACGAACUUGUGAUGAUGUUGGUUGAGGCUAUUGAACUUGGCAAAGAACCGCUAGAAGAGGUUCUGGAAGAGUCGAUUAACAUUAAAAAAGCAAUAAAAUUAGCACAAGAUUCGCCAAUGACUGUCCAGGAUAUUUUAGAAUAUGCGAAUAAAUUGAGUAAGUUUACAUCCCCUCCAGGACGACCAUACCCAGACGAGACGAUAGUGCGACAAGGAUUACUAUAUCAACGUUUUAUCGCUGCCAAAGAUUCUCUCGAGGACAAUAAAGUUUCUUCACCUAUUUCAGAUCAAACCGAUGCAAAUCAAUUUUUCCUUUUGGAUUUGAAUCCAGAAGAGGAAUAA